CAGGGCUGUUCCUGCCGGGGAUGAAGCCCCCGGCGCCGAGCAGCCGGGAGCCCCCGCGCCCGGCGACACUCGGGGCGGCCGGGGACCCCCCGCGCCCGCGGUAGGGCGGCGCUUCUCCCCCCCGCCCCCCCAAUUCCCAGCGCGCUCCCGCCGCCACCGCGCCCGGAGGAGCCCGGAGCAGCCCGGCAUGGAACGCCCGCUCAACCUCAGCUGCUUCGCCGAUGCGACGCCGGACACCGGCAACAGGAGCGGGUCCCCUGCCGGCCCCGAGAGCGGCCAGGCCCAUCUCUCCGUCUUCAGCGUGUUGGUCCUCACCCUGUUGGCCAUGCUGGUGGUGGCCACGUUCCUCUGGAACGGGCUGGUCCUGGCCACCAUCCUCCGCGUGCGCAGUUUCCACCGGGUGCCCCACAACCUGGUGGCCUCCAUGGCCAUCUCCGACGUGAUGGUGGCAGCGCUCGUCAUGCCCCUCAGCCUGGUGCACGAGUUGUCUGGGCGGCGGUGGCGACUGGGCCGGUCACUGUGCCAGGUGUGGAUCUCCUUCGAUGUGCUGUGCUGCACCGCCAGCAUCUGGAAUGUCACGGCCAUCGCACUCGACCGCUACUGGUCCAUCACCCGCCACCUGGAGUACACGCUCCGCACCCGGCGCCGCAUCUCCAACAUCAUGAUUGCCCUCACCUGGGCACUCUCUGCCUUCAUCUCUUUGGCCCCGCUGCUCUUUGGUUGGGGAGAGACUUACUCAGAGGACAGUGAAGAGUGCCAAGUCAGCCAGGAACCUUCCUACACCAUCUUCUCCACCUUUGGGGCCUUCUACCUACCCCUGUGCGUGGUGCUCUUUGUGUACUGGAAGAUCUACAAGGCUGCCAAGUUUCGAAUUGGAUCUCGGAAGAGUAAUUCCAUCACCCCCAUUACACCAGAAGCCCUGGAGGUAAAAGAAGCUGCCCAGCAGCCGCAGAUGGUCUUCACUGUCCGUCAUGCCACUGUUACGUUCCAGACAGACGGAGACACGUGGAGAGAGCAGAAGGAAAAGAAAGCUGCCCUCAUGGUGGGCAUCCUUAUCGGGGUCUUCGUGCUCUGCUGGAUCCCCUUCUUCAUCACAGAGCUCAUCAACCCACUCUGCUCGUGUGACAUCCCACCCAUUUGGAAGAGCAUUUUUCUAUGGCUGGGCUAUUCAAAUUCCUUUUUUAAUCCACUCAUCUACACUGCUUUCAAUAAAAACUACAACAAUGCCUUCAGGAACCUAUUCUUUAGACAGUAGUGAUCAGAAAAAGCUUUCCUGCUACCCCAGGAAGCUGAUUUCAAAUGUUAAUGAUUCCUGACAAAUUCCUGAGGAAGUUCAAAGCCACAGAUACUGAGGUGAUGCUAAAAAUGCAUCCCCAAGGGUUGUACGUCCCAGCAACAGUCCCAACAGUCCCAUUUUCUAGUCAGGCCCUCCAUCCCAGCCUCUAAGUUAGUUGCUAUUUCUCCUGCAAGCAGCAUGUAAGGGUUUUUCUGUCCAGCAGCAUGGCAUCCUUGCUCCAGUGCCCCGCUCUGUUCCUCCCACCUCCCCAGUGACACACUUGUCUGGUGGCAGCAGUGGUGCAGAGGAAUCCACUGGCAAAGAGUCAGAUCUGAAAUGUUGUUUUGGCCACUGCUGGUCACUUACAGCAUUAAUCAACUUUGCCCCAUGUGCAAUGAUAGGACACUUUAAUGUCAGGAGGUUUUGUGAUUACAUAUGAAGCUACAUAUUUUAUGGCUUGGCUGAAAACAUAGUUCAUGUUGGUUUUCACCCAUAAAGACUGAUAAGUGCUUGUAUUUGGGGAAUAAAACCCUUGCUAAGGGUAAGGGUACCAAGCCUCUUCUCACAUACUUUAUGAACAACAAAUUGCGCUAUUUGCUGUUGGAUUCUAUGUAGCAAGUUUUUUUAAAAAAAUACUUAUUGUGAAGUCUUAAUGCAUGGUGUACUCUGGGAUGAGAGAGAAUGCAUGGGAAACUCACCUCUCGUUCCCCAAAUGCUGUGUGUAAGCAUCUGUCUCAGACCUUUACGUUCAGAAAUACCAGCUGUAAAUGUUAA